AUGCCGUUUGGAAUAUCUCCAGCUCCAGAAGAGUUUCAACGAUAUCUAGAUUUAGCGCUGGAAGGAUUGGAAGGAAUUGGUGAAUCUUAUGAAGAAGCAGUGCAAGAUCAUGAUAACAAGCUGGUGAGUCUGCUUGAGCGCUGCAGAAGUAAAGGAAUAAAGCUGAAUUCAAAGAAGCUGCUGUUUAGUCGCAACCAAGUGAGUUUUAUGGGUCAUUUAAUCACGUCGAAGGGACUGAGGCCUGAUCCAGCAAAGGUGGAGGCGAUCCAGAAGAUGCCGAUACCGUCGAACAAGCAAGCGGUGCGACGAUUCCUUGGAAUGGUUAAUUAUUUGCAAAGAUUUUCACCAAAUUUGUCUGCAGUCACAGCACCGUUAAGAGAGUUACUUAAAGAACAGAAUGUGUUCCACUGGAGAGAAGAUGUCGAAGGGAAGUGUUUCAGCGAAGUGAAGAAGAUUUUGUCAUCACCUCCCUUGUUGAAAUACUUUGAUCCAGAUCAAGAUUUGGAGUUGCAGUGCGAUGCUUCUGAAAAGGGGUUAGGGGCCUGCCUAAUGCAAGAUGGUCAACCGAUUGCCUACGCGUCGCGGUCUCUUACGAAUACCGAACAACAGUAUGCUCAAAUUGAGAAGGAGAUGCUGGCGGUCGUAUUUGGCACCGAAAAGUUCGAACAGUAUGUUUAUGGACGACGAGUGAAAGUUGAAACCGAUCACAAGCCCAUUGAGAGCAUUAUGAAGAAGAAUCUCCUCAGCGCGCCAAAAAGAUUGCAACGUAUGAUGCUUCGGCUGCAGAAAUAUCAUCUAGAGGUGACAUACAAGAGAGGAUCCCAGAUGUAUCUCGCAGAUACCUUGAGUCGCGCAUAUUUGGAAGGAAGCUACAGCCCGCAGAAGUUUGAUGAAGAAGUAUUGUCGACCGGAAGUAGCAUUGGGGAAGAUCUAGAAAGCAUAGAUAUGGUCUGUAACCUUGCAAUAUCCGAAGAGUUGUUGACGAUGAUCAAACAAGCUACAGAGGUAGAUAACGACCUGGAAAAGCUGAAAACGGUUAUCAGACAAGGAUGGCCGGAGACGAAGGAUCAUGUACCACCAAGUUUGGCAGAGUACUUCAAUUUCAUUGACGAAUUGUCAAUUCAGAAUGGAUUGAUUUUCAAGGGAGAGCGGUUAGUCAUUCCUUAUGGAGUGCGAUCACACAUGAAAGCAAGAAUUCAUGCAAGUCAUAUUGGCGUUCAGGGGUGUCUAAGACGUGCAAGAGACAGUGUGUAUUGGCCUGGAAUGACGAAAGAACUGACCGAGUAUAUUUUGAGAUGUCCAACGUGCAACGCCUAUCCACAAGGUCAGCAGAAAGAACCACUGAUCAGUCACGCGAUUCCCGAACGACCAUGGGAAAAGGUUGGCAGUGAUCUUUUUGAGUACGAAGGGGGUGACUUUUUAGUGACAGUUGACUAUUUUUCCAAUUUCUUUGAGUUGGAUCAACUAAGAAGCAAGACCAGCAACGAGGUCAUUGGGAAGCUGAAGUCACAUUUUGCAAGAUAUGGAGUUCCUGAUCAACUUAUCACAGAUAACGGACCGCCAUAUAACUCAGAAGCCUUUCGUGAGUUUGCAAGGGAGUUUGAGUUCGAGCAUAUCACCAAUUCUCCUGGAUAUCCGAAGUCCAAUGGAAAGUCAGAGAAUGCAGUGCGCACGGCUAAACGGUUGGUGAAGAAAGCGAAGGAGAGUGGCAGAGAUCCAUAUUUAUCGUUGUUAGAUUGGCGUAACACUCCAAGCGAGGGUGUUGGAUAUUCACCCGCACAACGAUUGCUGUGCCGGCGAACUAGAACAUUAAUUCCAACAGCAAAGAAUUUGCUAAAGCCUACAAUCCCAAAGGGUGUCGACCGUAAAUUAUUGGAGUAGAAAAGCAAGCAAGCUUUUUAUUACAAUAAGGGUGCGAAGGAAUUAUCGGAGUUGAAAGAAGGUGAUCUGGUUCGUAUCAAGCCGUUGAAGUUAGCAGAGAAACGCAAGCCAUGGUUGCAAGCGAAAGUCGAAGGAAAAGUGGACAUUCGAUCCUAUCAGGUACGAACAGAAGAUGGUCGAGUGUACAGACGAAAUCGACAGCAUCUUCGACAUUCAAGAGAGCAACCAGACGAAAGUACUACAGCUUUUGAUUUCCAGCCACCUGUCAUUGAAACAAGUGCUACAAGGGACAGUGUCGAACAAUCAAGUCAAGAUCACGUUGUUAGUCAACCACCUUCUGAUCAACCACAGCCAGAGGUCGAGGGAGAUUCGGCAGAACAACAGACAUCUAUGAAGACCACACCUGUUAUGUUAGAUGGUCAACAGAGAACACGGAGUGGAAGAGUUGUUAGAAAAUCCUGUCGAUAUCAAGAUUAUGGGACAUGA